AUGGCCACGCCUAGUGCCGUCCCAAGGACGGCUCCCAUCGCCAUCGCCCCUAAGCCAUCACACUUCAACCCCAGCAACAGCAGCAGCCGCCGAGGCACACCAGGACUGCAUCACGACGCAUAUGCUGCUGGCAUGAACGGCCAUGAUUCUGCAGACUCGGACACACUCUCGAGUGGGAGCAUGAUCUGUGAUUUCUGCUCUCGUCGGAGGAUCAAGUGUGUCAUGGGCGACGACGACGACAGUGGCGCUUGUGUCUCUUGUCAGGUCAAUGGCGUCGACUGUUCCCUAAACCAGAGCCCUCAGCCUCGAAAGAGGAAGUUGGCGCGUGACUUUGCAGAUGACGGUCUGCGAGGCUCGCCUGGCCGGCAUGAUAACAGAAGAUUGCGGCAAGAUACGCUGAGUAUCUCUAGCACAGCAGCCAGCAACUCUUUAAUUGAGGAAAUGGCCAACUUUGGAGGGCCAACCAUGAUGAAGAGGACUUUGGGCCUCCAGAAUGACCGUUUCAGCCAGUACAUUGGACCGACCACCGAUUUCGAGCCUUCCCUCAUCAAUUUGUCACCAUUCGACAACCAGGAUGAGAGCCUGCUGGCUCGAGGAACGCUGCGCAAAGUAAGCGACCAUGACACAUUCUUGCUGCUUCCCGACAGCGCAACCGAGCGGUAUGAGUACCAGAUUGCGGACGCCGAUGAGAUUGAGAAAAUCGUGGCCCCGCAUGGAAAAACACUGAUCGAUCUCUAUUUCGACAUCAUACACCCGUCCUUUCCAAUCAUCCAAAAAGAGGUCUUUCUUGAGAAGUAUGAGAGAUCCUACCGGGAAUUCUCUCCGCCACUAUUGGCUGCCAUAUAUCUACUCACUAUUAAUUGGUGGGACCAUUUAGAAGAGCUAUCGGUGCACCCUCGUCCUGAUGUGAAGGGGCUGGAAAGAAUCAUGAGAACGUCCUUGGUCGAUGCCAUGUGGAGGCCAAAGCUCUCCACCAUUCAAGCUGGUCUUCUGCUAUCACAAAGGCCGGAAGGAGACCAGUGGGCACCAACCGCUCAGCUUGUUGCCAUUGCCCAGGAGCUCGGACUUCACCUUGAUUGCACACAUUGGAAAAUUCCAUUAUGGGAAAAGGGAUUGAGGAAACGACUUGCCUGGGCAUUAUACAUGCAAGACAAAUGGGGUGCCUUGAUCCACGGACGACCUUCGCACAUCUUCCAGACAAACUGGGUGGUACAACCUAUUCUGCCCGGAGACUUCCCCGACGUGGACUACAGCGACGAGAAUGCGGAGGAGAGGCUUGAUCUGGAGCGCGGCCGGACGCUGUUUGUGCAGAUGAUACACUUGUCCCAGAUUCUUGCCGAGAUCCAAGAUACCUUCUAUACUCUCCAGGCGAUGCAAAAUGUGACCAACGCCGGACCACAAGGAAUCCAUCUCGUUCUGUCGCUUGCCAAGCCGAUUCAGCUGAAACUGAAGGAAUGGUACUCAUCGAUUCCGGCGGUCAUUCGGAUGGACAAUUCCAUGUCGGCUAUGUCGUCGGGUCGUCUCUCGAGCAUCGGCCAUCUACACUUGGCCUACUUUGCGACGGAGAUAACGCUUCAUCGUCGUAUCAUUCGUUCGCUCGCUGCCGACGAGUCGGCCGUAGACUUUUAUUUGCUGCAGAUCUGCCGCAGUGCUGCCAAGGCACGACUAAUCUCGGCCAUGGACUUUGUCAAUAGGUUGACUCCGAACCACCUCAGGGCAUUCUGGUUCUUCGCAUCAAAGACGAACUUCGCACUAAUCGGCACCUUUGGCUCCCUGCUCUGGGCAACUUCACCUGGCCGGGAGGAGGCUGAAUGGUACCGUCGAAGGCUUGCCGAGUAUCGAUGGACGCUCAGUGUAAGCAGCAAACCUGGCGAAGGAAAGGGCCUUACGGCGUUUGCGAUGGGAAUGCUCGACAUAUCGACGGGCCUCCUCAAGAAGCUGCCCGAGAAACCGGAGCUGAGCCGCAGUGGUAGCGCCUUCGAGAUGGAGUCCAUGGGCCGUAGACAGAGCCUUCUCUCGAUGAGCAUGAGCUCCAUGCCCAUGGAAUUCCAAAGCGGGAUGCACAGCGCCGAUGUUAGCGGAGCCGUGAGCCCCGGAAGCCAGAGUGACAGCAGCGACGAAAUGUACGACAAUUUUGCGCCCACGGGUGGAAUGGCCUCAGGUCGGUAUUGA